CGCUCAAGGAGGGAGCCCGGCCAGGCCUGUUCUCUCUCUAUUCAUCACCUUCCUUCCCUCCCUCCCUCCCUCUCUUCUUUCUUCACUUCCUCGCUCCCUCCCUCUCCAAGUCACACCUGGGAGGAGAGCUUAAAGCUUGGCCUGGGGCAGGUGGAGCCCCAUUCGGACGGCCAUCCAUCGCCAUGAAGCCCAGGAGUCCCAGAAGCAGCAGCCUUGGCAUCACUCAGCUCCUCUUCCUCUCGCUUGUGGGUCUCUCCAUCGUUUGCGUUCGGCGGGUAGAUGCCUCCGAGCAGAACAACGUCACAGUUGCAGCAGGAAAAGUGGGCACCUGCCCUGAAAACACAGAGGUGUUGCCGGCCAGCGCGAACUGCACGACAGAAUGCCAGUCGGACGCCGGCUGCGAAGGGAAUGCGAAGUGCUGCUCGAUGGGCUGCAGCAAGGUUUGCCGGAUCCCAGAUGAAAAGCCCGGCUCCUGCCGCCACGACUCCACCGGCAUCUCUCAGCUGGGCUUGUGCCGAGACACAUGCCAAAAGGAUUCCCAAUGCACUGGUGCAUUGAAAUGCUGCACAAAUGGAUGUGGAAAAAAGUCAUGCUCUGCUCCUGUUGUCUGAGAUGCCUCCCAGACCUUGCCAGGCAGCUGAGGUCAAGGACGCUGCCCUCCCAAUGGGGUUGGCUCCCCAGAAGGACAUGGCAAUGGCAACAGUGACCUCCCUGGACUCCCGAAAUGCCUGCCCUGCUUCCACCACCCGGGCACCCCUCCAUCCUCUGACCGCUGGAGUCCCUCUUGCACUUUUCCAGUAAAAUGCUCACUUCUCACCGCAA